AUGGAUAUCUUCACACGUGCCCAAACGAGCUUUCUCUCCUGGAAACAUGGAACACCACUCCCAUCUGGGGCCGGCGCCUCCCCAAAGUUCCAGUCCUGGCAUACUUUUGACCCUGUCCAACGUUGGAUUGCCACACGCUCCGACAUCGAUUUAAAUACACCAGCAGACCCAGCUGGGGGUGCCGAUACCUCAAGGCUUGUCUUGCUGACAUGGAAUAUUGAUGGAACGUCUCCUCAGAUUGAGAAGCGCGUUACAGAAAUAAUCACGUGUAUCAUCGGGUUGGAUCCCCGACCUGAUAUCAUUUUCCUCCAAGAAGUGUCAAAGCCAGCCCUCCAGCAAAUCUUGAAAGACGAGCGGGUUCGCGAGCUCUGGCUUUCGAGCGAAUGUGACGACACAUCAUGGGGCAUUCAAUUGUUUGCGGUAAUGACCUUACUGUCUAAGGCACGAUUCACGACAAACGCCGCCAUAGGACCAAUUUGGAGGGUGAAAUUCCCGAGUCACUUUGCUAGGGAUGCUCUCUGCUGUGAUAUAUUCGUCGCUCCAUCUAAGGAACCCAGUCCAACACGGUUGCGUCUAGUAAAUGUUCACCUAGACUCUUUGCCAAUCAGACCUUCCCACCGACCCAAGCAGGUAUCUAUUGUUGCAUCCCUCCUUCGCGUCGCAGGUCAAGGUCUAGUCGCAGGUGACUUCAAUCCUGUCCUCGAUGAAGACAACAGCCUUCUAGAAAAGAAUGGCUUGAUGGAUGCUUGGACGGCUCUUCGGCCCGGAGAACCUGGCUUAACUUGGGGCCUAGAUGGCAAGCAACCAUUCCUUCCCAAUCGGCUUGAUAAAAUAGGUAUACUCGGGCUGCGACCGCAUGACAUUAAGACAAUAGAGCCGAAACCAAUAAGCGGAUCUUCUGACGAUGAACCCUUAUGGACUGAUCAUCAUGCUUUGGUCUGUUCCUUUGGCUUGGUGGAUGAGUGA